AUGCAAUCUCCGGGUGACUACAUACAUAUGCAGCGAGCGAUUCAGGCCGCGACCACUUCAACUCUCGAGGCCUUCGAGGCCAACCCUGCGCUCCUGGACAGGGCGAGGCGGCGCUUCGAUCACGACUCGCCGCCGCCAUAUAGCCCCUCUACGGAGUACGACAGCGACCCGACACUAGGCAUGGCUGAGCUGGCGGAGAUGCAGGACAUCCUGGAACCGCCUCUGACCGACGAAGAGCUAGAACUGGUCGCGAAAAGGGCUGCGCCGUUCUACGAAGCUGGUUCGCGUCUCGCUUUGGACUACGAGGCCGAGCUGGAGCAUUUGGAAACGUACUACACCGCCUACAAGGUCAUUCCUAAACUUACCUACCUUCUCAAAUACCGCGUGACAAACCCGCGUCUUCAUAUCAUCGCGCGCGCAGCUGUUCGAAAACGCUGGCAGGCACUUGGUGUGUGGAAUGACAGUUGGGGAUUCAUCAAUUUCAAGCUUCGCUCGCACACGGGGGAUGGGACGGCGGUUAGAGACGAAAACGGCCAGCCCUGGGCGUGGGCAUGGAAAGCAGAAGAAGCACCGCACGGCGAGACGCAUCCCGUUUGGCGCGCAGUUCGCCUCCGCCGCGGGCAGCCCCGGGGGGAGUGCCCGGUCCCGCCGCCUCGCAGCAGGCUGACCAGCAAGAGCUCCCAUGACGAGAGGGAGGCGUUCAUCACGUCCCGGCCUUGGUUCCAGUCUAUACUCUGUAAUAUAGAAGAGCGCGUACGAUGGGAGCGGAUGACGGUUGUGCAGAGAAAUCUAGCUUGCAUGGCCGGGUGGAACGACAGAACUACACGCGCUCGCUGGGAGGAGCGUGGCAUCUGGAAGGAGGAGUGGAAUACGGCUCGGAUGCGUGGCCGUCCCGGCUGGAAAUGGCGGCAUGAAAGCCCGUCGCCCGAACCAGAAACAUAUCUCCAGCACGGACAAAACAUUGAGCAGGAUAUGUCGCCUUCGGAGCUCGAGGAAUAUGAGAGCAUCGAGCCGGAGCUUCCCAGUGAGCCCCCGUCGGCAUACUGGGGUCCCUGGCAUCCUGGCAACGACGAUGAGCAAGAUCAAACGCCUGCCGAGGCGCCUCCCCAAUAUACGAAAACAGCAGCCAAUCCCGAGUCGGCGAGAAUAAAGACGCCGCCGCGGUGCGGGCAGCCUCCCGCCAGAGUCCAGAAGCGAACACGGAACUCGACACCGCCGGUGGGACUUCGAAGGAGCAACAGGGCUGUCAUCGUGCAGGCUAAGAAGCAAGAGAAGCUGGCCGCGCAGGCUGUAAAGGAGAAGGAGCUCGCCGCCGAGGCCGAGAAGAAGAGAGAGCUCGCCGCCGAGGCCAAGAAGAAGAGAGAGAGAGCUGCCCAGGCCGAGAAGAAAAGAGAGCUCGCCGCCGAGGCCAAGAAGAAGAGAGAGCUCGCCGCCCAGCCCAAGAAGAAGAGAGAGCUCGCCGCCCAGGCCAAGAAGAAGAGAGAGCUCGCCGCCCAGGCCAAGAAGAAGAGAGCGCUCGCCGCCCAGCCCAAGAAGAAGAAAGAGCUGGCCGAUCAGAAAAAGGAGCAAAAGCAGCCGACACAGGCAGCCAAGACCACCACGCGCGCCCGUACCCGCGCCGUGGCGGCAUCAGAGAAGCAGACAUUAAACGAGGCCAAAACGCCAGCGAAAAGUACCCCGCCCAAGAGAAAGUGA